ACUCUCUUUUGUUUGGGCUGAGAUCUUCUCAGCUGUUGGGCUGUAAGGGGACAUUAAAAUGUGGCGAAUUUGGCUGUUGAGGUGCAGGUGGUAAUAAAAGUUGUAUUUGUGCCGCAACCGAGUCGUGUUACCGGUGUUAAAUUUCCCUGAACUCAUCUUUAGUGGACCGCGCGCGGCUUCAUCAUGAAUAUGCACUUUGAAGGUUCCAGCAGCGUCACGCUGUUGUUUAAUUUCUGGGAUGUACGUGGGCCUGCAGGAAUGGUGCUGUCGGUCUUUGUAGUUCUACUGCUCACCGUGAUCUACGAGCUUCUGAAAGUGUGGAAGAUCACUGUUGGAGAACAGAAGCAAUCCUUCAUUCCACAACCAUCUGCUCCGGUGUCAUUCUCACCUGAACCAUCCUGUUUCGCCCCCGUUAUGAAGUGUCAAGAGGGAAGCUCUUCUCUGACCAGCAGCCCCUCUGAGAUCUCAUUAGCUGCCACCGAGAAUACGGCCACUACCGCAGACACCGCCACCGCUGCUAAGAAGAGCUGGCUUCUGCACUGCCUCCAGACUGCUAUACACAUCCUGCAGGUGACGCUAGGCUACAUGCUAAUGCUCUGCGUCAUGUCCUACAACGUGUGGAUCUUCCUGGGGGUUAUCAUGGGAUCCGUCUUGGGAUACUUUCUGGCUUUUCCUCUACUGAAGCACAUUUAAGAAGAAUAUGAGAGAACGAAAACAUGAGGUGGCAUGUCGAAAUGUUCAUUGAAGUUGACUGGACUCUAGAUCAGGAGCAACAGGAAACAUUUUCGAUUUUAUGAUGGCAGGUUUGUGUGACCAUGAUCAAUAAGACUUGCGAGAGAUGUUGUGAUGUGGACUGAACAGGGAUGAUUCUCAUUUUUAACGUUCAAGGUUGUAUUUUAAAGAUCAUGCAUGAAAUCUUAAUUAAUGGGAGUUUGGCGAUAACCGAUUUGGUUAAAAUCAGCUUUCAGAAGUGUUCAGAGGUUUGAUUUGAAACCUCAUUGGGAAAACAAUAUCUUACGUGAAGAAUGGUGUGUUUAACGCAUGUGAUUUUACGUUUGAGGUUGCAUGACGUGACUUUGUUCAAACAGUCAGCGUUCCCCAAAAUGGAGAUGUGUCUUAUUGACAAGUUUUAUACUUUCUACAACUACUGAUGUAACUAAUAAGCUAAUAUUCGGUUACACAAUUAAUGUUUAAAUUCUGUUCUCUGAGGUUAGCUGGUGGUUUUGUCAUUUUGGGAAAUCACUAGUUUUAAACCUUUGCGAUGGGUCGUUGGAAACUUGCUGCAUGUGUCGAGAUCAGGCGUUCUUGUGUAAUGCUGGAAAUUACUGCUGAAUUGCAGAACAAACAAUGAUUUGAAAAACUAUUGGCUGUAAAUAGAAAUUCAAAUCAUGUGGCCUUAGUUAAUGUUCACCUGCAAUACAGACACAUGACUGAUUGAGAACAGAACUGAGAACAGAAAUCAGAGAUCUACAAUCCUCACACAAUAAUUUAAAUGCACUAUUUUUAAUGUUCCUCCAGGCAUCCUUUCUUUUUUGUUUUUAAGAUGAAUUAGUUUUAUUGCAGAAUGUAUUAAAGGUUUUGAUUACGGUCUA